AUGCAUGCACAGGUUACUCUGAGUCCUUUGCAGAGCUCAAUGGGACCGAUUGUUCAGUAUAUUAACGGUUCCUCAGAGCUUAGCGAGGUCGUAAACGGCACACGCAAAGACUACUCGACUCUCAGUAUAGGAGUGUGUGGGAUCGAAGGCGGCAAAGAUGCCGCCUGGAUAACGCCCUCGGCCUGGUUUCGUCGACUCUGUGAGUCAACCGAGGUGCGAGAAUGGCUAAAGGAGCAGAAAGAAGAUGGGAAUGAUUUUCAUUUCGUGGUCGGGUUCCACACUCUGUUUGAUGCUUCUACAGCAGAGGGCUUGGCCCUGACCUCAACUCACGGUGGUAACUUCUCAGUUGCCCUAAGUGAAUUAUCUACUUUGCCCGUCCAUUACUUCAUGGAUUUUGGAGCGUCGGCAACCUUUAAGAACAACCAAGCUGUCAUGAAUCGUUAA